AAACCAGAGAGGCAUAGUGGUCUUGAAGACCCAAAUUCUCCUAAUUAAUGCCUCUUUGAAGCUAGCAGCUUCAGUGAAGCCAAGAAUCAGAUUUUGAUACUGCAAACUACUAUGCAUCACCGAUACGUUUCUUGUAAAGAUGACAAUUCGUUGCUUCCCCUUGGCAUCUUUUGUUACCUUAUUUUACAUCUUUUUGAAGUCUUAGCAUUUUACUGUUCAGUUCUGCAAAAUGGGGAUGUUUGCGAGUCGUAUGAGCAAGCGUAUACCACUGGUCUACUUUUUUAUUUCUACUACCCUUUUUCUUUUCUUAGCUAGCUUCACUUUCUAAGAACCAUAGAAAUGUUUGUUCAUUAUUUAAAUUUUCGUUUUAGUUUUUUCUUCUUCAUUAAUGGUUGAAUGAAGUUGAACUUGCCAUUUGCUGGUAGGGUUGCCCUCAACAGAUGCUACAAACUUUGUCGUGGGAACACUCUACAAGCAAUUUAUAGAGGAAGACAUUGGUAGCUUUGAGGAAUUCUGUGGCGCUUUUCUUAUAUCUUCAACACAUUUGUCUCAGAAUUGCCUGUUGAGAAGUAUCAUAUACCAUCCAAGAGGGAAGUGGAGGUAUAUUUUAAUGAUUGGAAAAGAGCUCCACAGUCCGUGAGAAAGGAAUUGUUUUUUGGGUUUAUGAAGAAGAGCAUAAUUGUUAGCAAAUUUUCUGACACUGCCCUCGUCACUGGAAUGGCAAUAGCAGCCAUUGCAGCUAAAAGAGCAGGAAACAAUGUUCCCAAGUUAAAGAUGAUCAACGGCAUUCCAAGUCCCAUCUUUGUUCUCUCUUUUACACUACUUUCAUUUGUCUCUGUUAAGCUCACAAGAUCCUUGUUGACAUUGUGGCAUGGAGAUGCAGUCUCAGCUGACAUUUCUAAGGAUGCUGAGGAAGAAGCCUUUUUAAAAGAUCAAACACCUGAUGGAGAAGGGGAAAUUAUAAAGUACGCUACUAGGAAAGAUCGACCUCAUCAGUUUUCCUGUCACUUGCAGCAAGAUGUAAGAGAUCAAGCACAAGAAGAUCAAUCAGAGAAACAGAUUGAAUUAGACUUCAGUCACCAAGGCAGGUUAAGAAGGCCAAGUAGAAAGACCAUCUCCAGGCCCAGCGCAGCUCGCUCAUCUAUCAAUCCCGGACGUAGAUUACCCUCUUCAAAACAAGUGGCCCUUGUUGAUGAGAUGCUGUCUCUUUUCUCCAAGUUUCAGUCUGAGCUUACUCCCCCAGUGAUAGACAUUCAAGUUGCACUGCAAAAUGUGAAUGAUGCCCUUAAAACUGGAUCUUGCAUUCUUCAAGACCCUGAACAGGUCAAGAAACUCAAGAAAGCCUUACACCUUAUUUCUACAUAUAGGUCUGAGGAUAGUUUUUCUUCUGCUAAGGUCUCUGUCACUGCUAACUUGGAGCAGGAGAUUGAUAAGCUUGAAGCAAAGUUCAGAAAUGCCGAAGAUGUAGUGACCAGGACUUUACAACUCCAAGCUAAUAAAGCACGGGCUGAGAAAGACUUUCAGGAAGCAUAUCUUCUGCUUAAAGAACUCAAAGCUAAAGAUGAUCAGAUUAAGGAUCAAAUAGGAAAUUUGAAGUCUGAAAUCGAGAGCAUUAAAGCAGCUGAGAAGGAAAACUUAAGAAAGAUCAUCGAUUGCUUUGAAUCUGGAAAGUGUCACAAGGAUUUGGCAACAAAAUGCGAAAUGGAGCUGGCGCGCUUGGGACAUGCUACGAACAAGGCAAAGAAAGAUAAGGCUGACGUAGAAGCUGCUUUCAAGAACUACCGGCAACUGUUUACUUGAGUCCCCAUUCUUUCGGAUUCAUAAUUGUUGGAGAUGCUGGGAAUUUUAGUAAUGCUUAUGGUAUCUUGAUCAUCUGAUCAAUGUCUGAAAUUAUAAUUUAUUCGGUGAAAAAGUAGUAUGGCUUGAGUGUAAAAAAAAUUAAGGCAUGGCAAAAGAUAUGGGGCUAUUUAGGAGAUUAUGGUAAAAAAACAUGGUGCCAGUUAAGAGAUUAAUGUGUUUUCUCCCUAUAAAAGGGAGUAACUGUAGUGAGAAAGAAAGCGGAAGAAAAUGAAGAAAAAAAAAAACGAUGUUAUUUUCCGAGA